CACCCAUGAAGGUCACUACGAGUUCUUGGUGAUGCCUUUUGGGCUAACCAAUGCACCAGCGACUUUCCAAUCGCUAAUGAAUCGUAUAUUUCGGCCACACCUUCGGAAAUUUGUGCUCAUAUUUUUUUAUGACAUAUUGGUCUACAACAAAGACUUGAAGGAGCAUUGUGACCAUUUGCAAAGUGUGCUGUCUAUUCUGGCGAACCACCAACUGCACGUCAAUGGAAAGAAAUGUCUCUUUGCUAAACCACAAUUGGAAUACCUGGGCCAUUUGGUUUCUGCCAAGGGGGUUGCUGAUGAUCCCAACAAGAUUUCAGCCAUGGUAGAGUGGCCCACACCCAAAUCCCUUAAAGAAUUACGAGGAUUUCUCGGAUUGACUGGAUACUACCGUCGAUUUAUAGAGGGAUAUGGAGCUAUUUCUUGGCCUCUCACUCAGCAACUCAAAAAAUAUGCUUUUAAUUGGAACCUAGAGGCUGAGGUAGCCUUCCAAAAAUUGAAAACAGCUAUGACAACAAUACCUGUUUUGGCUUUGCCCAACUUCAGUCAACUCUUCAUUGUAGAGACGGAUGCCUCGGGGUAUGGUUUGGGUGCCGUUUUGAUGCAAAGUCAUAGACCAGUAGCUUAUUUUAGCCAAGUCCUCACAGCAAGGGAACGGCAAAAGUCCAUAUAUGAAAGAGAGUUAAUGGCUAUUGUUUUAGCAGUUCAGAAGUAG